CUUGGCUACGCAAUCAUGCCCAACCACACGAAUAUUUUUCAGUCGAAAGGUGUCUUCUUCCUCCUCGCGUUGACGACAAAAUUUGCUAUAGCACAAAACACCAACGCUUUUGAUGUUUUGAACUUCGUCGAUCCACUGAUAGGCUCCAACAAUGGCGGCAACGUUUUCGCCGGCGCGACCCUUCCAUACGCCAUGGCCAAAGCUGUUGCGGAUGUGGACGGGCAAAAUACCGGCGGCUUUUCGACAGACGGAAGCAAUGUAACUGGCUUCAGCUCGGUGCAUGAUAGUGGGACUGGCGGCAACCCGUCACUCGGAAACUUUCCUUUGUUCCCCCAAAUUUGUCCGGACGAUGCUCUAGACAAGUGCAGUUUUCCUAUAGCUGCACGCGCUACGCCAUACAAAAACCGUUCGGUAGUUGCGCAGCCGGGGUACUUUGCUUUGACACUGGAGAGCGGCAUCAGCGCUGAGAUGACUGUGUCCGAGCAUGCUGCGCUUUAUCAGUUUACGUUUCCGGAAGGUUCGACGAGCAACGGGACCGCCCUAAGCCCUCUAAUUCUGCUCGACCUCACCGACCUUUGGGCUAGUAGACAAAACGCCAGUAUCAAGGUCGACGAAGCCACUGGUAGGAUCCAAGCCAGUGGGUCCUUCCUUCCUAGUUUUGGCGCAGGCUCUUACGCUCUACACACAUGUGUAGACUUUUGUGGAGCAUCUGUUCAUGACAGUGGGGUGUACGUUAACAACCGAGCUGGAACGGAACCAAAAGAGCUGUUUGUAACGAGGGGCUUCAACAACUUCUACCUCCAAGCAGGGGGAUUCGCGAGAUUUCAACGCCCGGAUAAUGGAAUCAUAUUAGCCAGAGUUGGAAUCAGUUUCAUCAGCGCAGAAAAAGCAUGUCAGAACGCCGAGGUGGAGAUACCAGACUACGAUUUUACUGGCCUUAGACGGCAGGCUAAGGAUGCAUGGCGAGAGAAGUUGAGUCCAAUCACCGUAGAACCGGGCAAUGUAAGCUCGACUUUUCAAACCAACUUCUGGAGCGCGAUCUACCGGACAAUGAUAUCCCCGCAGGAUUACACAGGAGAAAAUCCGCACUGGGAAAGCCCGGACUAUUUUGAUUCGUUUUACUGCUUAUGGGACGAAUUCCGCUCACAACUUCCUUUUCUUACCAUCCUCGAUCCAAAAGCGCUGUCACGGAUGAUACGAAGCUUGCUCUACACCUACCAGAAUGAAGGUUGGCUUCCAGAUUGCCGCAUGGCUCUUUGCAAAGGCUGGACUCAGGGCGGAUCCAACGCCGAUGUGGUGCUCGUCGAUGCCUACGUAAAAAACCUCACUGGUAUUGACUGGGAGCUUGCCUAUGAGGCCAUAGUCAACGACGCUGAAAACGAACCACUCGAGUGGUCCUAUGAGGGCCGCGGUGGUCUUGUCAGUUGGAAGAACUUGAACUACAUCCCUUAUCUGGAUUUCGAUUACCUUGGUUUUGGAACCAACUCUCGGAGCAUUUCUCGGACGCUGGAGUAUUCGUACAAUGACUUCUGUCUUGCGACGCUGGGCAAAGCGCUGGGGAGAGACUAUGAAAUAUAUCUCGCCAGAGCAAGCAAUUGGAAAAACCUAUUCAAAGCGGAUCAGAACAGUACCAUCAAUGGAACAGAUAUGGGCUUCGUCGGCUUCUUCCAGCCCAAGUACUUGAAUGGUACAUGGGGGUAUCAAGAUCCCAUUGCCUGCAGUCCAAUCGCAGGCUGGUGCUCACUGACGAGCAAUCCCUCGGAGACGUUUGAGAGUAGCGUCUGGGAGUAUAUAUUUUACGUCCCGCAAGAUAUGUCGACGCUAGUAUCACUUCUCGGCGGCGACACGGCCUUCGUCUCACGGCUCGACUAUUUCCACACAUCCCCACUAGUCGACAUUGGUAACGAGCCCGUUUUCCUCACUGUCUUCGCAUACCACUACGCUGGACGACCCGCGCUGUCCGCGCGGCGCGCGCACGCCUACAUCCCGGGCUCGUUCAACACGUCGGCGAGUGGGCUGCCUGGCAACGACGACAGCGGUGCCAUGGGCUCUUUUACUGCAUUCUCCAUGCUCGGCCUCUUCCCCAACCCGGGCCAGAAUGUCUAUCUCAUUAUCCCGCCCUUCUUCCCUUCUGUCAGCGUCACUAGUCCGCUCACAAAUUGCACGGCCACUGUGCGUACGGAGAACUUUGAUGCUGAGUACAAGAACAUUUAUAUCCAGAAGGCGACGCUGAAUGGUGUGCCGUACACGAAGAACUGGAUCGGACAUGAGUUCUUCUUGCACGGAGGGAAGCUGGUGUUGACGCUAGGGAAAACGGAGAGUGAGUGGGGAACGAAGGUGGAGGAUCGACCGCCGAGCUUAGGUGACUCAGGAAGAACGGGAGCAGUGGGGGCAAUGGACGUCUAGUGUCCGUCACCGUCGAGCGAGGCAAUAAUGAUUCUUGUAUGGAGUGGAAACGAAAUCCAGUCAAGAUGUUCAUAGUAUGGUGUGAAUUUUAAGACCUUCUUACCCAUAUUUAGGACUCAGUCUUGUAGCAAGAUAAAGAAGUAUUCUGUAUGGACU